GCAUUUUUAUUCUACAUGCUAACAGAGGUCUACGCUUCUUGUAUGUAAAGUAAAAUGUAACCAUCGGUUCUUUCUGCACGUUUAGGAAUAGACUCCGUGCGUCUUAGCAUAUGCUACUUCCGGGGGGGAAAACUAGAGCGUUUCACUGACGUUGCGAGCCGCUGCAAGUUUACGCUAGGAUUUACGGUCGGGUUUUCCAUCAGAAGUCAGCCAAAUGGCUGAAUUAAGCGUCGAUUUAAACUUCUCAAGAUGUCUCGGGCAUUUGCCGAAUAUAUCGUUAGAUGAUGUUCAUCGAAUUUUUGAUCUUUUUCCCCCGCGCGCGAGAGAGAGGAUUCAAAUUUUACAUCUCCCAGUAUUUGUAUAGUUUCGAAGCGUCUGACAACGAUCAGGGCACUGGAGAGGUGGUGGUCAGGGCAGAAUGCUUCAGGUCCAUGAAGAAGACAGAGAAAGCUCACAAACUCAGCGUGGUACUGAAAGAUUCACAGCCUGUGCAACUGCUGGACUUCACCUGCACGUGUAAGGCUGGAGAAGCUUUAUGCAACCACUGUGUUGCUCUUCCUCAAUCUGCACACUAUUCGCAGUUGAACGUCCAAGUUGUUCCCCCAGUGUUAAGCUGCACUGAAGGUGAACAACAGUGGCAUAAGCCAAGAGUUAUGGGGAUAAAGCCAGGCCCUGUGGAGAAGAUGGUUGUCCUCUCAGCCAAACCCAAAACAAGAAAGACCACAGAGGGAGUGCGGAGCAAACUGUACAAAGGCCUUCACAGGGACCUUCCUGACCUAUCGGUUCUGCGGGUUUCUGAAGUCUACCAACCAUUCUCCGACACUGACCGGCCUAUGAUCUGCAGCAUGGGAAUAGGCAAAGAUAUCCCACUGGUGGACUCACUGCUCGGCAAGGUGCAACAAGGAAGUCCACUUUCUUAUAAACAACCACCCAAAGAGAAAGUGAAGGCCCUCCAUAAUGCUCCACCUCCUCCACCAUUGCCUCUGCAAGACUACAGACUGAAACCAUCAGAAUGCAUGUUUGUCUGUUCCAGGAAGCAACAGCUGCACAUGAAAAGUCUUGAGGUGACCCUCGAAAUGUCCCGGAGCAUAGAAUGUGCUACGCGAGAGCAGUGUGUGCGUGCUGAUUGGCACAAUGUACGUAGACCACAAGUGACUGCAUCUCGAUUUAGAGAGAUCUGUCAUGUGGGUGAGCUCUCCGAAGAGCUGCUGGCUGAACGCAUCUUGAAUGGUACUUGCCAGACAGGCACUAUGAAGACAGGCUUAGAGUUAGAGGCAGAUGCUAUCUGGGAUUACUGCCAGAUAAAACACGUGAACCACUACAAAUGUGGAUUUGUGGUGCACCCGGAUGCACCAUGGAUUGGUGCAUCACCAGAUGGUAUCAUUUUUGACCCAUUAGGGCAUCCUCAAUUUGGCCUAUUAGAAAUAAAAUGUCCAAACAUUAAAAAUGAUGUAGACGCACCUUACCUCAAGGUCAUCAGUGGGACAUUGCAGCUCAAACCAUCACAUGCCUAUUAUUGGCAAGUUCAGGGCCAGCUGCUAACUACAGGGAUGAGUUGGUGUGAUUUUGUGGUCUCUGCUCAAGAAGAUGUGUUCAUCCAAAGAAUACAGAGGGAUGAGGGUGUGAUGGAGACAAUGAAGUGUAAGAUAGACAUGUUCUAUUUUCAUGUGUUCAUGGACAAAUUCCUUGCACUGUCAUAAAUGGUUAGCUUGUUAUUCCUGACUUAAAUGUCAUCAACACACAUGGUCUGAAAAGGCAUUUGUAUUAUUUUCCAUGUUGUUCAAUUUUUUAUGUAUUAAUAUCUGCAGACUUUGUGUUUAAACCAUUAAAUAAAUGUUCAUAUGUUUACUGUUAUAAAUUUCAAAGUAUGUUAAAAUAUAGUUGAUCAUUUGAAAUUUGUGUUUUUAUUUUUGAAUUCCAGGAAAAUAGUAUUUAUCUUCUUUAAAUCUAUUGCAGUCAAUAAGAAGCACACAAAACAGAGCAAAUGGCGGUUCUGUUAAAGGAAGGCGGUUUUAUUUGCAAAGUAAACAAUAAAACAUCUAUCACUGAACUUUA